AUGUCACAAAGAAAAAACAAAAUUUCAAAUGAUGAAAUUAAACAAACAGAAAGUAGUACAACUAUAAUUGGAGAAAAGAAAAUAAAAUUUGAAUCUCCACCUCACGAAUUUAUUGGGCUAAGACUUUUAAGAUUUAUUGCGAUUGUUCUUUGGGCAAUUACUGCUACUGUUAUAGUGUGGAUGUCAGUUCCAUUUAAUUAUAUUUCAGACCCAAUUUUAAAGAAGUUUAAUGUCAAAAGAAGAUAUUUUCUAUUAGAAUUUUUAUCUAGAAUGUGGGGCAAAGGAUUACUUUGGAUAAUGAAUAUAAAGGUUAUUACAGAGGGAUUAGAACUUUAUGAUGAUUUCAAAGAGCAACCAUCAGUUUUAGCCUAUAGUCAUACAUCAUAUUUAGAUCCAGUGAUUCUUCAAGGCUAUUCACCAAUACCUUGUAAAUUUAUCUUCAAAAGAGAGCUAUUAUAUAUUUUCCCAAUGGUUUUCUUAUUAGCACACAUUGUCGGUCACAUUCCAAUUAAUAGAAAGAAAAAACACUCUGCAAUUGAAAGUAUUAACGAAGCUGCUGAAGCAAUGAUCAAAAAAGAUAUUUGUGUUGCAGUAAGUCCAGAAGGCACCAGAUCAAAAGAUGGUAACUUAAAAGAGUUUAAAAAAGGUCCAUUCCAUUUAUCGCUUAAAUCCAAAUCAAAUAUUGUUCCAGUUGUAUUUUUUGGCAACUAUCAACUUUGGAAAUCCUCAUGUUUUUUCCCAUAUUCUGGUACUGUUUGUAUAAGAUUCCUACCAACAAUUCAACUUGAAAAGGAUGAUACCGUCGAAUCACUUUCAGGAAGAGUUAGAGAAUCAAUGUUAAAAUCACUUCAUAAGCCACCAAAGAAUUUUAAUCCAUUUUGUGAAACUGGCUCAUCUCAUACAAUUUUCUAUUUAAUCUUGAUGGGUACAAUAAUAUUUUCAACAUUGAAAUUCUUUAGCAUAAUUUAA